AUGAACUUCCGAGAAGCUGAUAAUAUUGCACGCCAAAUUACUCAAAAAUGGUUGACUUUGUUGAAAAGUCAUGUAAAGCAAUCCUCGGAUGUGCGCGUCAGAUCGUUCCUGCAUCAGCUGGAAAAGAAUGGCAGCAUUGCCUUUAAGCAUGACGAUCAACGCUUAAUGGAUCGCGCUUUAGACUGUAUACCUCUUCAAAGACUCUAUGAGGAAGCUGAGAACGAGCUUAACGAACAAGACCGUGAAGGAUCCUUGGAAGACGCAGUUAUUAGAAGACUAUUAUACUGGUUCAAAAAUGAGUUUUUUAGUUGGGUGAAUAAUGCUCCUUGCGACUAUUGCCGCAGUGAACAAACCCAAUCAAUUGGGCACACUCAACCCAAUUCCGAUGAUAUGAAAUAUGGUGCACAUGUUGUUGAAUUAUAUAUGUGCUCGUCAUGCAACAAUACAACUCGAUUUCCAAGAUAUAAUGACCCAGGAAAGUUAUUAGAAACACGUCGAGGAAGAUGCGGUGAAUGGGCAAAUUGUUUUACAUUAUGUUGUAGAGCAGUCGGAGCAGAGGCGCGUAUCGUAUACGAUACAACAGACCAUGUUUGGACCGAAGUAUACUCUGAUUUUGAAAAGCGCUGGGUGCAUUGUGACUCUUGCGAAGAAGCUUGGGAUAAACCUUUAUUAUACAGUGUAGGCUGGAAUAAGCAGCUGAGUUACUGCACAGCAUUUUCUGCUGUUGAAGCAGUCGAUGUGACAAAAAGAUAUACCAGGAAUUGGCCAGAAGUACUCAAAAGACGUAAUAGAGUGCGAGAAAUAGAGUUAAAUUUGUUUUUGCAUACUUUAACCGAAGAACGGCAGAAAAAUUUAAGUUCCGAACAGAAAGACGCAUUGAAUGAAAGACGCGUACAGGAAUUGAAAGAGUUGGAAGAAACCAGUAAAAGAGCGAUCAUAAAGAAAGACGAGAUGAUAGGCAGACAUAGUGUCUUAAAAGGUUCACUAGCUUGGCGUACGAAACGAGGGGAAACAGGUACGACUGCUAUUGCUCAGACAGAAAAUUGGAUGGCAACAUUGGAUAUUACAGCAUUGAAAUUGUCAAGGUUGUUCAUAAGAAGGGACGUUGAGGUUCGAUUGCUUGGCGACUCGUCUAUUCUAACAACAGAAGGCGUAGCAGAUGCUACAGAAAAUCAAAUGAUUCGCCUUACAAAAGCAGUGCCAGAUCAACGAGGCGCUGCAUUUUGUAAGCACCCCAUUCCAUUAAACGAUGGUUUAGAAGCCUUGGAAGUGGAAUUUAAAUUUCGCAUUACAGAUCAAAAUGGUUUGCCUGCGUUCAAUGGCGCUGACGGUUUUGCAUUUGUCAUACAAGGACAGUCUGAAGAUGCUUUGGGAAGUGGUGGAUGCGAACUAGGCUAUGGGGGUAUUCAAUAUAGUCUAGCCAUCGAGUUUGAUACUUAUCAAAGUUCAGACAGAUGUGCAGACCCUUCAGGGAACCAUAUAAGCAUACAUGCGCGUAACCCACCGCUAGGGAAUUCAGCACACCACGAUUACUCGCUGGGUCAUACUUCACGUAUUCCUUCAUUGCAAAAUGGCUCGUGGAUGAAAGCUUUGGUUAGACUGAUAGUAAAUGGAACAAUUGAAGUGGGCCUUGCAGAAAAUAGUGACGAUAAAUUUAUACAAGUCCUAAAAGUUACUGGACAUAAUUUCUUGGAUUACUUAUUGCCAAAAGAGAAAGCAUGGGUAGGGUUCUCUGCCAGUACUGGCGGAUUAUCACAAGCGCAUGAUAUCAUAUUUACAUCUAUUAAGGAAUAUAGGCCAUAA